AUCCCAGAGGACACGCAGUUUAGCGAUCCACCCGGAGACAAGUGUUCUAAAUUUAACAUUUCUUUCAACUGUUUCAUGAUCCAUUUCUACAAAAUAUAAUUCAUCCUUGAGAAUGGCUUACGGAUGUUUUGUUUCUGUUUUGUUUUGUUUUUGUCUUGUGCUUUCGGCAAUGUAUUCUGUUAAGUCUAAAGAAGUGUUUACCCGAGUUCCAUUAUCUGAUCGGGAGGCAAAUCUGGCUGUUGACUAUGCAGUGAAUGCUUACAACACAAAGUCUGACAAUCUUUACCUUUUCAAACAGACACAACUUAAAAGUGCCAAGUAUAAGAUAACCUCUCCAGGGGUGAAGGCAUACACUGUGAUAUUUGAUAUCAAGGAGACCUUUUGCCAAGAACAAGUGGAAUUGCGUGCUUGUCCAUUCAAAUCUGACAGUGAUGCUGCUGUGGGUGUAUGCAAAGCAGCAGUUUUCUUCGAAUUUGGCUUUCAAAUUAAAAUACCUGACACACCUUCAUGUAAACUAAUAACACCUGUGAAAAGAGUAGUAGAGACUGUUGCUGUUACUUGUGAAGGUUGCCCGGUAUCUGCAAGCCUUGAUGACCCCUUGGUGAAAGCAUCUGUGGAAUUAGCAGUGAAAGUCUUCAAUGAUGAAAGGAAAAGCAAGAGGACAUUCACACAUGGCAAGAUUAUAUUUGCAAUAAAAGAGGUGGUAAUAGGAAAGAAGUACUGGGUACAUUUUCAAAUUCAGGAGACUGAAUGUCAAGAGGACGUAAAUGAACUUUGGUCUAAUUGUCCACUUAAAGCCACAGAUGAAGCAGUUCUCGGACACUGCUAUGCAGAGGUUCUGUUUCUAGCUGGUGAAACUAAAGGCCAGAUCAGAGGAUUACCCAAAUGUCAGCUGUUUCAGCUGAUUAAGGAUGAAGAUGUUGAUGGGGUUUCAUGUGUCGGUUGCCUCCUGCCUUUGAGGAUGAAUGACCCAAGAGUACACAGAUCUGUAGAGUAUGCCAUUUCUAAAUUCAAUGACAACAGUGGGCAGCUUUACAAAUUUGCUUUGGCUCGAGUUCUUUCAGCAGAACAUGAGACUUCUGUGGGAGAGGAAAUCACUUUGAAUUUUACACUUAUUGAAACCACCUGUUUAAACAAUAAUGACACAGAGCCAGACAUAUGUGGACCAAAGAUCCCAGCAACAGCAGGCUCUGCUGUCUGUUUAACCAAGCAAAACUUUGAUAUCUUUGGAGAGCUAUUAUACCACAGAUUAACAUGCAAUGUGACUCAAGACUGGACAUUGUAUGCAAUUGAUGUUCUGGAAGUGUUCAGAAAUGGAACAAAUUCUUCAGAAUUGCAGCUUCAGAAGCUAAGAAUGUUUGAAUCAACAGUUGAUCCUACAACUGAUCACCCAACCGAGGCACCUGCUGAGCCCCAAAACUCAAAAGAACCAAUGAUUGUGGUGAAAGAGACUAAGCCCAUUAUGCCAACUGAAAUCAGUGAUUCUAAUCCGUUAGAUCAGUAAGACAGAAGAAGGUGUGGAGAAGUAACUGACAAUAACUUUUGAUUUAUGUUUAUUUUCAAACAAAUCUUUGAUUUUUGGUCAGAGGGCCAAAAAAACCAAUAAAACACUGAAAGACCUUGAUCAGAA